CGCCGCCCGAAGCCAGGGAGCCCAGAGCCUGAGGCGCCGUCCGCCUCUCGCUCAGUCUCCGCGGUCUCACUUCCACUCGUUCAUUCUCAGGGCCUCGCGGGGACGGCGCUCUCCCCGCACCACGUGGGCGGGGGUGGGGGGCGACAACAAACAGGGACCGAAAGCCGAACCGACCGCUGCUCGCACGAGAAGCCCCCGGGAAAGUAGAGCCCAGGCGGCAGGACUGGAGCCGGGGAGGCGGCUGGUGGCGAAGCUGAGGCGCGCGGCUCAGAAGAGCCCGCGUGGAAAAGACUGGGGAGGGCCGCCGGGAAAGGACGGCUGUUUUCCCGACGCGGCAACACGCACCCGGGUCAAUGGCGUCCCGCACAGCUCCAGGCCGUGUGUAAGGCAUGUGGUGUGAUAGUAGAAUUAAUCAAAAGCAAGAAAAUGGCUGGAAGAGCUGUCUUGUUGGCAGGACCUCCUGGAACUGGCAAGACAGCUCUAGCUCUGGCUAUUGCUCAAGAGCUGGGUAGUAAGGUCCCUUUUUGCCCGAUGGUGGGGAGUGAAGUUUACUCCACGGAGAUCAAGAAGACAGAAGUGCUGAUGGAGAACUUCCGCAGGGCCAUUGGUCUGCGGAUAAAGGAGACCAAGGAGGUCUAUGAAGGCGAGGUCACGGAGCUGACGCCUUGCGAGACGGAGAACCCGAUGGGGGGCUAUGGCAAGACUAUCAGCCACGUGGUUAUCGGGCUCAAGACGGCCAAGGGCACCAAGCAGUUGAAACUGGACCCCAGCAUUUUUGAAAGUUUGCAGAAAGAGCGAGUAGAGGCUGGAGAUGUGAUUUACAUUGAAGCCAACAGUGGGGCCGUGAAGAGGCAGGGCAGGUGCGAUACCUAUGCCACAGAAUUCGACCUUGAAGCUGAGGAGUAUGUCCCCCUGCCCAAGGGGGAUGUGCACAAAAAGAAGGAAAUCAUCCAGGAUGUGACCUUGCAUGACUUGGACGUGGCCAACGCACGGCCCCAGGGGGGACAAGAUAUCCUGUCUAUGAUGGGUCAGCUCAUGAAGCCAAAGAAGACUGAGAUCACAGAUAAACUCCGAGGGGAGAUUAACAAAGUGGUGAACAAGUACAUCGACCAGGGCGUGGCCGAGCUGGUCCCGGGGGUGCUCUUUGUUGAUGAGGUCCACAUGCUGGACAUCGAGUGCUUUACCUACUUGCACCGAGCCCUGGAGUCUUCCAUCGCCCCCAUUGUCAUCUUUGCAUCCAACCGAGGCAACUGUGUCAUCAGGGGAACGGAGGACAUCACCUCUCCUCAUGGCAUCCCUCUUGACCUCCUGGACCGAGUGAUGAUCAUCCGGACCAUGCUGUACACCCCACAGGAGAUGAAACAGAUCAUUAAAAUACGAGCCCAGACAGAAGGAAUCAACAUCAGUGAGGAGGCGCUGAACCACCUCGGGGAGAUUGGUACUAAGACCACUCUGAGGUACUCGGUGCAGCUGCUGACCCCAGCCAACCUGCUGGCCAAGAUCAACGGGAAAGAUGGCAUUGAGAAGGAACAUGUCGAGGAGAUCAGUGAGCUCUUCUAUGACGCCAAGUCCUCGGCCAAGAUCCUGGCUGACCAGCAGGACAAGUACAUGAAGUGAGACAGCUGAGGUUACGAGGACACUGGGCAGGCUGGGCCCAAUCCGGCCUGUGGGUAGGAGGCUCGCCCCAGGUUGGGUUCUGUCCUCACUCAGGCGGGUGGCAGCAUUUCAGUUUAGUGUGGAAGGGUUUCUUUUUAUCAUAAUUCCUGGCGUGGUUGCUUUGAAGGAACCCUGGUAUGUUUUCUAAUAAAUCCUGAUGGGUUAUUUGGAUGA